CCAUAUCGUUCUCGCCAACCAGAUCCCCUGGUUCUCUUAACUCAGCCUACAGCGCUCCAACGACCAGCGCUAUGAAGCCCUCAAUGUGCCGGGCGUUCCAAUUCGCCUUCGUACUGCACCUGUUCGGAUGGUCGGCAACUUCGGUCUACGGGAAAGACACAUUUUUGGCGGAGACGUUGCUCAGGAAGGGUCAGGUGCAGAGCGUAUUGGAACAUGAGCCUGCAAAGAGCAAAUGUGAAAAGCCAGUGUUAACUGGACCCAUCGAAACUACUCUUUGCGAUUAUGAGACAAUCGAGAGUCUCAACGAUGAACUAUUCAGCAACCUUUCGGACUUGGUGAAGACGCCGUUCUUCCGGUACUUCCGCGCUGAUCUCUACCGAGAGUGUCCGUUCUGGGACGACUAUGGUUCGUGCUCAAACGCGGGAUGCCAAAUUACAACAGUGGACGAGAGCGAAAUUCCGGAGAAAUGGCGGGCAAAGGCUCUGAGCGAGGUCGACCCAUCAUCUCGGGACAUAAAACAUCAACUUCCCGGUUGCUACUAUCGCGAGUCCGAUUUCUGUUUCCUCGACGACCACACCGAGGGAGACUACUAUGACCUUCAGCUCGUCCCUGAACGUUACACUGGCUACUCAGGACAAGAUGCGCGACGCGUAUGGCGCGCCAUCUACGAAGAGAACUGUUUCGGCCUGUCAGAGCUCAAUCUAAUGACAGGGAAAUCCCCUGCUCCAGUGUCGUUACCGGACACGAUGAUAGAACCUCUACAUAUGGACGGACAAGAGUCAGAUGGUCAUUGCUUAGAGAAGAGGGUCUACUAUAAGGUUAUUUCAGGAUUACACACAUCUAUUUCUAUCCAUAUCUGCCAUGAAUGGCUUAAUCAGACAACCGGAGAAUGGGGACCUAACCUGCAAUGCUUCAUCGACCGCGUCGCGUCGCAUCCAGAACGGCUGAAAUACAUCUACUUCGACACAAUUCUAAUGCUGCGCGCCGUUUCGCGGUUGGCCCCAUACUUGGAGAGCUAUGACUAUUGUUCUACCGGAAGUCAAAUCGACGAUGCAAGUACCCAUGAGUAUCUCGGCAAGAUCACGGAUAUUGCCAAAGUAGCGGGUAAAUUCGAUGAGGGCGUCUUGUUCCGCGGGGAGAACGCCAAUAUCUUGAAGGAGGAAUUCAAGACGCAUUUCCGCAAUGUCACCCGAAUCAUGGAUUGUGUCGGAUGCGAUAAAUGUCGUUUGUGGGGUAAAAUCCAAACGAUGGGUGUCGCUACCGCCCUCAAGGUCCUCUUCGAGCUCGAUGAAACCGCCCUCAGCCCCCAGUCCCACGUGCUCCAGCGCACUGAAAUAGUGGCGUUGAUGAACACAUUGUUCCGCUUCAGCGAGAGCUUGAAAGCAGUUGACGACUUCAGAAAGAUGUGGAAAGAGCUGGAUGCCGACGAAACUCAAUCAUUAGCAUCCAAAGCUGAAAGUACAGCAACAGCAUUAGUGCGCGACGAACUUUAGCCUUUUCUGAAUGGACCACUGAAGGAUGUAUUGCUUUGUUCACAAUAGCCAAAACCAUCUCCUCAAGUCGGUGCGAUGGUACCCAUCAGUUUCAUCGACCAGCUGGCAGAAGAGUUGAGAUCAUGGUUCCACCUCUGCAAAAUCAGUACGGUGGACUGCAUCAACGUCUUUGUUCGGUGGUUCUGGAGGUUUGUUCGUGCGGUCAGUGUCAUUUUCCGAACGUCAGGAAAGGAAAAUGGACCAGGAGCGACUAUCUACGACGAUUUUUAGCACACCGCUACUACACAUUCAUUUAUCGUUAUUUAUUCGACUACACGGACCUUUCCUUUCAUUCAAUUCACGUUCGUUUAGUUCGUCAUGGGGAUCGGGGAUAUUUGAGACCAGUCAUAGCGAAUGGUAUUUUUGGGGAAUCUAGCGGUCUAUGAUACAGAAUACUUUUACACGUGCAAUAGUUUAUACUUCCAGUCCAUC